AUGGCUUAUGCUUAUCUUUUUAAAUAUAUAAUUAUUGGAGAUACUGGUGUCGGAAAAUCGUGUUUAUUACUUCAAUUUACUGAUAAACGAUUUCAACCUGUACAUGAUCUAACGAUAGGUGUUGAAUUCGGUGCACGAAUGAUUACAAUUGAUGGUAAACAAAUUAAAUUACAAAUAUGGGAUACGGCUGGACAAGAAAGUUUUCGUUCAAUAACUCGUUCUUAUUAUCGUGGUGCAGCCGGCGCUCUUCUUGUUUAUGAUAUAACUCAACGACAUACAUUUAAUCAUUUAACUAGUUGGCUUGAAGAUGCAAGACAACAUUCAACUUCAAAUAUGGUUAUUAUGCUUAUUGGAAAUAAAUGUGAUUUAUCGGCACGACGUGAAGUACAAAAAGAAGAAGGUGAAGCAUUUGCACGUGAACAUGGUUUAAUUUUUAUGGAAACAUCAGCUAAAACAGCAGCAAAUGUUGAAGAGGCUUUUAUUAAUACUGCUCGUGAAAUUUAUACAAAAAUUCAAGAGGGUGUUUUUGAUCCAACAAAUGAAGUCACUGGUAUUAAAAUUGGUCAACAAGGUAGUAAUUCAAGUGGACCUUCUACUCGUCCAAAUCCAAGUGCAAAUACCAGCGGUGGAUGUUGUUGA